AUGCUCAUUAUACUCAUUAUCAAUGAAUCAACUUUCCAUGAUACCAACAAUACCAAAGAAGAAGCAUCCGACUCGUCUGAACCGGUGCUUGAGUACUAUGACGGCGACCUUGAUCUGGAUGGUGCCUCCGCCCCUCAGAGUUCUCCUCCUGAAAUCGAAACCCAACAACAAGGACAAAGGUCUCCUUCCCCUGUGCAAGUAGCGCAAGGUCAGCGAGAGCGGCGUCGCACCACGCCGGAGAAGCUUGGCCAGGCCUACACGAGCGCAAAUGGAGUAUCAAAUUCAAACACGAUUGAAGAUGGUAACAUGGAUGUAGAUGUUAUCGUCAUCUCGUCCUCCGAAGGGGAGAACCACGACGGGGAGGACCGCCCUUUCUAUUACAAGCCUCCCAACAGCCACAGGAAGAAGCCAAAGCCAAAGCCAAAGUCUACGUCUAAAUCCAGGGGUAACCAAGAUCGGGACAGAAGGGACACGAUAAUGCUAGUUGACACCGUCCCAGAAGCCACGCCUCCGAGAGGGAAAGUCAUCUUCAUCGACCCCGACAUUAUCGAACUCAGCGAUACCCCGGCCCCGCCGCCGGCACCAUGUUCUCGCCCGAGCCGCCCGCUCCCUCGCCCUCUCCGUCUAUCCCGCCGAUCGCCCUCGCUUCCCCCAUACGAGUCCGAUGCGUCACCGCCACCCUGUACACCCCGCACACCGCACGCGCCCCCGCCCCCGCGCACGCCUCUGUUCCUGCCCACUCCGACGCCCCGGUCGCCGCCCAGGGUGCAGCUAGUGCGCUCCGCGCCGCAGCCGUUCCGGGCGCGCAAAUCGGCGUACCCGCCUACGUACACGCCGACGCCUGCGUGUCACGGUGCGUCGCGCGCGAAUGCACGCUUCGAGCAUGGGCAGGCGGCGCGACAUGUGGGAAAGGGACAGACCGAACGGGAGGAAAGGAGGAGAAGGGAGAAGAAGGAGAAGAAGGAGAAGGAGAAGAAGCUUGCUGGCCCAAACUCGCAGAACAGGGACAGGGACCGCGACGCGGAAGCAAACGACGUCAUCGAACUCAGCGACACCCCCGAUGCGGGCGUCGACGAUUUCGACCCCGACCCCGAUCCCGAUCACGCGUACGAUCGCGACUCCGAUCCCGAUUUCGCGGCCUUCGAGGACAUCGUCUUUGCGCCGCGGAAGCGCAAGCGGCGGCCUAGUCACCAGCAAUCGCCAUCCCCACCGAUGUCCGCCUUGGCAGCUACACCCAGCGGCGUGCAGGCACGCAAAACGGUGCCGAUGAAGGUGUCGAGGGCGUUCACAAGGGAGCAGUAUGCGCCGAACUUAAACUCGGGGUCGUGGGCGCCCAGUGCGCGGAAGUCGGCGUCAGCGGCGGGGAAGACGUUGGAGCGAAAGCGCAAGUUUCACCCGGUGGGCACACCGCGCGAGCGGAACGAGGGGUGGUAG